ACACACUAGUCUGACUAGUCAUAACAUUUAUUCCUCAAUUCCGAUAGCAGAGCGGAGAAGCUGAAAAUACCAAUUUCUAACUUUUUGGUUUAAAUCGAUAGGGUAUCGAAUCCUCUUACUUCCAGACCAUAGCACGCUUCAAUGAGACCACUGAGACACUUUCCAAUUCAAUGUGUAUACUGUCAAAUACUAUUAAAUACAGGGAUCAAUUCUAUAAGUAUCCAACACACCGUGACAGUCUUUAAACUUUAAGUUGUCGUUACAGAGGUUUUUUUUAUAAGAAUGUGUGUUAUAUAAUAGUGACAUUCAUUUAUUUGUUUGUGGUAAAGGAAAUACUUGGUUUAUUCGAUGCAUCACUUUCGAUAAGGAAUAAUGUUGAAAUUUUGAUAGAGUUAAAGGGUCAUAAGAUUCUGAAACAUAACCCUUGCCGGAGCUUGAUUUAUCAACAGAAAUAUUUUAUCGUACACUGAGUUUUUUAUUCGACUUUUAUGUGUUCACUCAACUGGAUAUUGAAGUUAGAGUAUUUACCAUUAUAUAAUAUAGUAAUACAACUUGUUUUGUGAGAAAUUACAGUUCCUGUAUGAAGUCAGUCUCAUAAUAAUAAAGAAACAAGUCGACAAGAAGAGGGACACAAUUAGAUUUAGAAUGCCGACAGUCUGUUGAAAAACACGUCAUCCAAACGGGACAAAUUUGUUGUCAAUCAAGAAAUCAAGCAUCUUGAUAAUAAUUAUGGCAACACUUAUUACAAUGGAAGAGUCAAACUACAUAAAGAUUGCAUUACUAUUGCUGAGAAUAUCACCACGAGCUGUCAGAAUACAGUUUGAUUAUGAAAUCCACCCUGAUUGCCUAUAUAAAACAUUGAAUUCAAAUAUUUGCAAGUUGACCGACCUAAAAAUUAAAAGGGUCAUCAACCAAGAACAAUGGAAUUUACUUUUUCCAAGAACAGGGGAAGGAUCAUCGAAACAUUUUGACAGCACGUUAAUGAUUUGUCUCAUAAAGAAUCUAACUCCUAUUCAAAUAAGUGACAGACUUCCGCUAUCAACUAAUAUUACUGUAGGAUCUGAUCUGUCCAGAAUUAAAUUUUACAGAAAUAAGAUAGCUCACUCUGAAGAUGGGUUUAUUAGUAGCAUAGAUUUUCAGUACCAUUGGAAUGAUAUAAAAAUGGCUCUACUUAGACUCGGUGGCGUUUGUAUGGAGUUAGAAUGCGAUACUUUGUAUGCGAAAGUAUUUGAUACUUCACAAAGAGAAGAUCAUCUCAGUUUUAUAACAACUCAAAACAAGUUAAUAAAAUUGGAGGAAGAAUUGGUUAAAGUUACUGAGAGAGUUGAAAUGUUAGAAUUGAAACUGAAUGAUCCGAUACCAAAUAAUUUGAAAGAUUUGUUUUCAAAGGAGAUUGAACUUUGGAGAAAAGAAAUGAGGACGUUCUGUAUUACAACUGGGGCAACAAAAGUUUUAAAUAAAGUAGAGAACAACUCAUUUGUAGUCGUAACAGGAAAUUCUGGAAUGGGAAAGUCUGCUAUUUCUCAUUAUAUAGCAUUAACUUUACAGAUAAAUAAUGGCUAUCAAAUUAUACCUUUGACGGAUGCAUGCGAUAUCGUUAAGUACUUUAAUCCGCCACAUGAUCAAAUUUUUAUCAUAGAUGAUAUAUUCGGAAGAUAUUCUGUAGAAAAAGGUAUAUUUAAUUCUUUGGAAAGGUUAAAAACUAAGAUUAAUUGCAUUAGGACUGGAAAUAGUACGUUUCGCAUGCUUGCUACUUGCAGGUUACUUAUUUCAAAUACACCAAUUUUUAAGAAGUUUUCACAAAUGUUUCAAACAGUAGAAUGCAACUUACUGUCUGAAGAAUUUGAAGCAACUGUGCUAGAAAAAAGAAAAAUUGCAGGUUGUUACAUUGACCAAAAAACGAUAACCAAUAUUAGUGACGAUAUGAUCAGAGGUAUAGAUAUGUUUCCACUACUUUGUGUGAUUCAUAGAAACAGAAAACAGGAAACAGAAAUACUUCUAUUUCAAAAUCCGUAUGACGAAUUUGAAAAAGAGCUCAACGAGAUGUAUGACAAUAAUAAAUGCUGUAUUUUAGGUCUAGCAUUGCUUGUAAUUCUCAAUAAUAACCUACGAAAAGAUUUAUUUUACGACAACAUUCAAUGUAUAGAGGCGUUUGAUGCCAUUGUUAAUUAUUUGAAUUUACCUGUUCGCCCCACGCUGCAGUAUGUCUUAUCGUGUCUACAGACUCUAAAAGAAAUUUUCAUCAGAGAGAAAGCAAAUACGAUAACAACUUUACAUGACAAAAUAUUUGACAUCAUAGCUCUGUACUUUGGAAAAAGGAUUCCUAAAGUUAUUUUGCAACAUGCAAACGGCAAUUUUAUUCGAGACAGAAUUCAAUUUGCAUCCUUAAACAAAGAACAUGAUGAUUUUACUAUACUGAUCCCACCAGAAUUAGAAUGUGUAUACUUUGUUCGAAUGGGUAUGGAAAUUGAAAGAAAGUCGUUUGUCAAUGUGUUUAACACAGAACAGAUGAAACAUAAAUUGUUUCGCGAAAAAAUUAUAAAGUUUUUAAACAAAAGCGAAAAAUACAUUCUGGCUAUAGUACAAAAUCAAUGGCCUUUAUAUCUGUGUGCAUUGAACGGAUACAAGGAAAUAGUAAAAUUCAUAAUCAGUAAAAGAAACAUGCAUAACGCACAAAGUAGAAUAAGUACUGCCAAACAUUUACCCAUGGCUGGUUAUGUUGAAACUAUUCAUCAUCAAAAUGGAAAUAAUGAAUGGUUAGUGGAUACCAAAAUCUUUUUAAGACACCGACACGCACCACUACUUGUGGCAUGUAAAGAAGGACGAGUAGAUAUUGUUGAACUCCUUUUGACCUGUGAUUAUGAUAUAAACAUUCGUGGACAUGACCUAGAUCCUCCAUUAAUUGUAGCUUGUAAAGAAGGUCACACAGAAAUUGUGAGUCUUUUAUUAAAAAAUAAAUGUUGUGCUAAUGUCCGUGAUGAAUUUGGACGCACUUCCUUGCAUACUGCUUGCGGGAAAGGUUAUAUAGACAUUGUUCAUCUUCUGUUAUUUUACAAGUGUCAUAUAAACCAGACCGAUAGAUACAAAAGAACACCGUUAUUAGUAGCCUGUGAGAACGAACAGAAUGCUAUUGUAAAAGUGUUACUUGAUUUUAAAUCAGAUGUAAACUUACCGAAUUCAACUGGCAAAAACGCUCUGCAUGUUGCCUGUCAAGCUGGAAAUAUGACUACUAUUAAUUAUUUGUUCGCUACGAAAAGAUGUAAUAUUAACCAAGUAGACAGGAAAAAAGAGACACCCUUAUUUUCUGCAUGUAAAGAAGGGCAUAAUGAUGUUGUUGAAUUAUUGAUAAGUAAUAAUGCUGAUGUAAACAUACGUAAUAUAUUUGGCGAAACGGUUCUGCAUAUUGCUUGUAAAAAGAGGAAUUAUAAUACAGUUAAGAUUUUACUUAAAAGUAAUAUUGAUAUUAAUCAAACAGAUUCAAAGAAAAGAACUCCAUUGUUUAUUGCAAGUGUCGUAGAUAUAAGAUCAGGUGGCAUAUGCGGCAACAAGGACAUAGUGAGAAUUUUACUCGACCACUAUGCAGAUGUAUCGAUAUGUAAUCAGAAUAAUCAGUAUAUACCUGAUGUUGCUAGGAUAUAUGGCUAUGCAGACAUUAUUGAUAUUCUUGACACAUAUCAAUUUGAAAGUAAAAACUCGAAAAAUAUAGAAUCUGAUAUCAAAAUAUUUAAUGCUAGUAAAGAAGGCCGUAUUGAGGUCAUUCACAAUUUUCUUGGAAAAGAAUAUAGCUUAAAUAUUCGUAAUAAGUAUGGUCAAACCCCUCUUCAUGUUGCUUGCAUACACCGGCGCUAUGAUAUAAUUACAUUAUUGUUAAAUAAUAACUGUGAUAUCAAUGCAGUUGACAAUAACAAUAAAAGUGCACUUUUUAUUGCCAGUGAAAUCGGUGAUGAAGAGAUUGUUUUGACAUUAGAUAAUAACAACGCAGAUGUUAAUAUCAGCAAUUGCACCAGCCAGUCUCCUAUCCAUAUUGCAUGUGAGUUUGGAUAUACAAAUAUAGUCAAAACUUUAGUAAGGAGUUGUUCUAUCAAUUUAACUGACAGUAACAAUUGCACGCCAUUAUACCUUGCUUCUAAGCAUGGACAUAUUGAUAUUGUCCAGUUAUUAAUAAGUAAAAAUGCUGAUAUUAAUUACACUGACAACGAUAACAAGACCCCACUAUUGGUUGCCUGUGAGGCAGCUCAUAUUGAUAUAAUAAAGUUAUUGAUUGAUAAUAAAGUCGAUAUUAAUCUUGGCAACAACCACAACGAGACACCUUUGCAUAUUGCCUGUAAGCAAGGAAACGGAAAUAUCGUGCAGUUGCUCAUUACUCAUGGUGCUGACGUGAAUUUUAUUGACAAUGAAGGACAAACACCUCUCCAUCUAGCUUCAAAUGUUUAUAUAGUUGAAACCUUAAUAAGGAACAAUUGCAAUACUAAUAAAACUGAUAUUGGCAAUAAAACUCCGUUGUUUGUUUACUGCAAGCAAGGAAAAUUUGAUGACAUUUGUCUUUUAAUCGAUAAUGAUGCCGACAUCAACAUAUGUAAUAAUGAUGGACAAACACCGCUCCAUGCAGCAUGUAAUAGUAAUGCUGACGCCUACAAUAUUGUGAAAAUAUUAAUUAAUAAAAACAGUGCUUUGAACACAACCGACAAUAAAAAUAGAACCCCAUUGAUGAUUGCUUGCGAAAAUGGCAAACAUGACAUAGUUCAGAUUUUAAUUGACAAUAGAGCUGAUGUCAAUAUAUCGAACAACGAUAAAGAAAGUCCUUUAUUUGUUGCCAGUUCGAAUGGCCAAACUAACAUUGCAAAGAUAAUAAUUGAAAAUAGUGCUAAUAUUGAUGAUGUUAACAAUAAAGGACAAACCCCUUUAUUUAUUGCAUGUGAAAGAGGAAAUUAUGACAUAGUAAAUCUGUUAAUAAGUAACAAUUCUGAUGUUAAUUUAUGCAGUAUUACUGGGGACGUCAUAAUCACUACUGCAUGUAAACAAAUUCGUUUUGAAAGUUUGAGCGACGACAGUUAUUUGCGCAUAGUUAAAAUCUUACUCGAUUGUAAUUGCAGUAUUAAUCAAGAAGAUAACGAAAAUAAAACGCCGUUGUUUUAUGCAUCAGGCAUAAGAAACGAUAAACUUGUUCAGCUGUUGAUUGAUAAUCAGGCAGAUCUUCAGAUUCGAAGUGAUGACGGAGAAGGUCCGCUUCAUGUCGCCUGUUAUUGUGGACUUUCAGAAAAUGUUAAAAUAUUGUUGCAGACUAACUGUGAUAUUAAUAUGACAAACAAUAGAAAUAGAACGCCGCUUCACAUGGCUUGUGUUAAAGGACAUGAUAAUAUUGUUCAAAUUUUGAUGGAUAAUAAUGCUGAUUUGAACUCAGUUGAUGACACAGAUCAGACCGUACUGCAUGUGGCAUGUAAAAAUGAAUAUCCGGAAACAUUUCAACAUACAAUUGUAAAUUCUCGGUUCUUCAAUAUAGUUAAACUGUUACUAGAAAAUAAAUGUCCAGUUAAUCAGCGGGACAAAUACAAUAAUACUCCAUUAUUGUAUGCUUGUUCAGUUGAGAAUGAGGACGUGGUACAACUACUGAUUGACAACGAGGCUGAUAUAAAUGUUGUCAACAAUGAUGGACAAAGUCCUCUUCAUGUAGCAAGUUAUUCAGGACGUUUGAAUAAUGCAAAAUUAUUAGUGAGGUCUAACUGUGAAAUUAACCAAGCCGACGGGGAGAAGAAAACUCCAUUGUAUAUAGCAUGUGAACAGAGUCAAUCUUGGAAACAUAACUAUCAUGAUAUCGUGCAACUUCUUGUUGAUGAUAAUGCAGAUGUGAAUAUAUGUGGACCAGAUGAUGCAAGUCCGCUUCAUGUAGCUGUCUUCUCGGGAAGUUUUAUAACUGUAAAGACUAUGUUAAGAACAAAUGUAAAAAUUGAUCACAUCAACAACAAAAAUAAAACAGCAUUACACGUUGCUUGUGAGAAAGGCCUUCAUGACAUCGUUGAACUCUUACUCAAUAAUAAGGCAGACGUAGAUAUAAAAGAUAAAGCUAAUCAGACAGCACUGGAUUUGGCCUGUAAAUUAGGUCAUACACACAUUAUGAAACUAAUUGAAAGUAGAAAAGAUUAGUACGAGAAACGGGAAGUGUCAAACAUUUGAUUUAUUAUGUAAGAAGGUUUUGUUUAAACCAUUUGAAAUUACCAUGUAACAUUGUAUACUUUAACUGAUGAACCAUUGUCAAGAAUCACCGUCUCUUAUGCAUGUGGACCAUUGUCAAGAAUCGCCUUCUCUUAUGCACAUGGACAAGGUGUCAUACGAAACAUUAUAAGCAAAAAUGUGGGUUUUCAGAAGCUCGAUAUUAAAACAAAAUCAUUUAAGGACAGAAAACGAACAAUGAUAUAAAACAAAAGGUUUAUCGAAAGACUGAAAAGUUCUGAUCGACUUGAAGACAUAUUGAAAAUAGACUUCAUGUUUGAAUAUCAUAAUUAUAAAGACACAUUGUAUUUUUGAUUAUCAGCAUACCCUUAGUCACGGAGAAGAUAUUAAAGUUUCAAAAUUGUAUUUGAUAUUGUAGUUAAUAUAUAGUUGUCUUACAGAAAUGCAAGUGUAUUGACAGUCACAAAAGGAAAGAGUUAUUGCUGCUGUUUAUUUUUAUCUACUUGUUAUCAAUACAGAGAUGUUUUGUUGUUUACAUUUUCAACAAUUAAUUAGAGUCUAGGAUAGGAGAUUAAAUUGAGACCGUCGUAUAAUAUAAAAUAUUUUCUUUUGUAUCAAAUCGAAGAUUUUUGGUUA